AUGAAGUUUGAUUAUUUAUCUAAAAUGUUCAAAGACAAGUUAAAAGAUAUUGAUAAUAUAUCUCUUACAUCUGAUAUUUGGACGGAUAUUCAAAUGAAAAGCUAUAUUGGCCUAACCAUACACUAUUUGGAAGGCACUAAAUUUAAAUCUGGUACAAUAGGUGUUCAUGAAUUAAGCAAGUCCCACACAUCUGAACACAUUGGUGAAUCAUUUAAAACUGUUUUGUCUCAAUGGGAAAUUAAUCACAACCAAAUAAUUGCGAUCGUAACCGACAAUGCUGCAAACAUGAAGAAAGCAGCUAGUGAUAUAUUUGGCACCGAGAAAUAUAUUCCAUGUUUUGCUCAUACCGUCAACUUAAAUGUUAAUAAUGCACCCAGGUAG